AUGGCGUCCUAUGCUGUCUCUCGUCUCCUCGACCGGGACGAAGACAAACAUCACAGAACGGCUUCAAGACAUCUCUCCCGCGGCUACGCUCUGCACAUCCCCAAGAAGAGACUGGAAACUCCGCGACAUUACCCUACGCCUGAUGAUGAACUCGCAGCAAAGCUGGCGGACGCAAUGUGGUUGGAUUCGGAAGAAGGCCCGGGCAGUAAGACGGCGACGAAGGCCUGUAGGUCUCAAGGGGUAGACAGCGAUGCAGCGUACGAGAGAUCUGGAACUUCAGAUACUUGUGCCGCGGCAAUGGAGAGCCAGCAGGUCCCCGCUGCCUCUGUUGACUUAGAAUCCCAUUCCGAUACUCACCAGCGUCUUGCUGCCAUUCCUCCGCACGAACCAACCAUCUUCCAUACUUCCCCGCCAUUCGAUCCAAAGGCGUUCUUCAAGCCGUCUCGUGGGGCUGGUUCCCCAUCAAAGAUCUCGUCUCUCGCCUAUUUCCCGUCCCAACCGGCACCAUCCCUUCACACCUUCGACCCUCACCCCUUGACGGGCUCCGAUAUUGACAUUGACUCCGACUACUACAACGGUUCUGACGACACUACCGCGUGGCUUCAACGUCGCAUGGAAGAGCAAGCGGACCCAUUCUACCGGCACCACCAUCGCGGACUCUGGAAUGAAAAUGCGCAAAGUUUGGGGGAACCGGAGUGGACCCAGGAAAUGGAGGCACUCGCCGAGUACGGCAGGCCUGGGCGUAAGGUUCUAGAUAACGGGGUGGGCGCUUAG